GUCUGUCUGUCUGUCUGUUGUGUGUCUGUGUGUCUGUGUGCGCGCGCACAUCUUCUUUUACCCGGAAAACAUGUGUCACUCACUGGGAGGCGCGGCUCCUUGAACUUCCUCGUUUAACUGUUCGUCGUAGCGAGGAGCCUUUCUUCCUCCGCUUUUAAAACCUUUCACCUGAUUUACUUGUUUUAUGAACACUUUAACCUCCGUUUCUUCCCUUACAUUCAUACUUUUACAACUUUAUACCGUAUGGACGCAUUUUAAUCCCGGAGUAGAUAAGGAGUUGUGUUUGUGUCCAGGUCUCCAGUCUUCUAUGGAUGAGGAGAGAGAGGAUGGGGGUUCUACCUCUAAGACCACUCUGUCUGUGGAACAUGGCCGCCGGAGCAAAGCUAAGAGCCCAGAGCAGCAGGAGAGAGCAGACUCCCCUGGACCCAGCAAUCGAAUUAAUGAAAUUAAUGUUAAGACGACUUGUAGCAGACUUUACAGAAGGAGGCAGCAGAGAGCAGACUCCCCUGGACCCAGCUGUGUCUCCAUGAAGAGUGAGCACUAUAUGGGGGAGCUUCGAAGGAUCCGUUCUGAAUUUGUGAAGGGAGUUUCAGACCCAGUUAUCAAAGGUCUCCUGGAUGACCUUUAUCAUCAUGAAGUGUUCAGUUCUGAGGAAAAGGACUCUGUGAUGGAGGAGCAGAGGAGCAGAGCGGACCAAGCACGUUGUCUGAUCGACACGGUGAUGGGGAAAGGGGAGAGAGCAAGUCAGAUGAUGAUCGAUGGUAUCAAGGAGAGGGACAAACACUUAUGCAUCAACCUGGGUCUGAGCUCUUCUCUUGCUGGUGUGGGAUCUGCUGCUGUCGAGUGCCAACAAAAAAUCAAGUCUAAUUUAAAGAUUAAGUUACGUUGUGUGUUCGAGGGAAUCGCUAAAGCAGGACGUCCAACACCUCUGAAUGACAUCUAUACAGAGCUCUUCAUCACUGAGAGAGGCAGUGGAGAGGUCAACAAGGAACAUGAGGUCACACUGAUGGAAAAAGCUUCGCCAGUCAAGGAGCAAACACCAAUCAGAUGUGGAGACAUCUUUAAACCCUUACCUGGACAAGACAAACCAAUCAGAACAAUAGUGACAACUGGAGUGGCCGGCAUUGGUAAAACCAUCUUAACACACAAGUUCACUCUGGACUGGGCUGAAGGCAAAGCUAACCAAGACAUAGACUUCACGUUUCUCUUAACUUUCAGAAAGCUGAAUUUACUAACAAAGAAAGAGUUUAGCUUAGUGGAACUUAUUCAUCACUUCUUUAAUGAGCCCAAAGAUGCAGGAAUCUGCAGAUACGACCUGUUUCAAGUUGUCUUCAUCUUAGAUGGUCUAGAUGAGUUUCGAAUUCCUCUGGACUUCGAGUGCACCCCGAUCUUGACUGAUGUCACAAAGUCCACCACGGUGGACGUGCUGCUGACGAAUCUCAUCAGGGGCGAACUGCUUCCCACUGCUCGCAUCUGGAUAACCACACGCCCUGCGGCAGCCAAUCAGAUCCCUAAUGACUGUGUUCACAUGGUGACAGAGGUGAGGGGGUUCACCGACCCUCAGAAGGAGGUGUACUUCAGGAAGAGAUUCAGAGAGCAGACGCUGGCCAGCACAAUCAUCUCCCACAUAAAGAAAUCACGAAGCCUCCACAUCAUGUGUCACAUCCCAGUCUUCUGUUGGAUCAUUGCUACAGUUCUGGAGAACAUCUUAAAAACAACCCAGAAAGUAGAAGAGACGCCCAAGACCUUGACUCAGAUGUACAGCCACUUCCUGAGGGUUCAGUCCAAACAGGCGGACAGGAAGUAUCGGUCAGUAGGUGAAAAAGAUCCACAGUGGAGUUCAGAGAGCAAGGAUAUCAUUUUUAAACUGGGAGAACUGGCUUUCAACCAGCUGAAGAAAGGCAACCUGAUCUUCUACGAGGAAGACCUGGCAGACUGUGGCAUCGACAUCAAAGUAGCCUCAGUGUACUCAGGAGUGUUCACCCAGAUCUUUAGAGAGGAGUUUGGGCUGUACCAGGCCAGGGUGUUCUGCUUUGUCCAUCUGAGCCUCCAGGAGUUUCUGGCUGCCCUUUAUGUCUUUUUGACCUUCAUCAACGAUGGUGUCAAUCUGCUCUCAGAAGAACCACCCACCUCUGGGGAAGAUAAACUCCUCCUCCUCUACCAGAGUGCAGUGGACAAGGCCUUACAGAGUGAGAACGGACACCUGGACUUGUUCCUCCGCUUCCUCCUGGGCCUCUCUCUGGAGACCAAUCAGAUUGUCCUACGAGGUCUGCUGGGACAGAGAAGAAGUAGCUCACAGACCAACAUGGAAACCGUGUCAUACAUCAAGAAAAAGAUUGGUGGAGAUCUCUCUCCAGAGAGAAGCAUCAAUCUGUUCCACUGUCUGAAUGAGCUGAACGACCGUUCUAUAGUGGGGGAGAUCCAACAGUACCUGACAUCAGGAAGACUCCCCCUAAAAUCUCCCUUUCCUGUGAGCUCCAUGUCAACUCUGGCCUUCAUCCUAGUGACAUCAGAAGGGCAGCUGGACGUGUUUGACCUGAAGAAAUACUCUGCUUCAGAGGAGGGUCUUCUGAGGCUGCUGCCAGUGGUCAAAGCCUCUAAAACAUCUCUGCUGAAUAGCUGUCGUCUGUCAGAGAGAUGCUGUGAAGCUCUGGCCUCAGUUCUCAGCUCCAGCUCUAGUCUGAGAGAGCUAAACCUGAGUACCAAUGAUCUGCAGGAUUCAGGAGUGAAGCUGCUCUCUGCCGGACUGGGGAGUCCACACUGUACACUGGAAACUCUCAGCCUCAAUGGCUGUGAUCUGUCAGAGAGAUGCUGUGAAGCUCUGGCCUCAGUUCUCAGCUCCAAGUCCUCUAGUCUGAAAAAGCUGGACCUGAGUACCAAUGAUCUGAAGGAUUCAGGAGUGAAGCUGCUCUCUGCUGAACUGGGGAGUCCACACUGUACACUGGAAACUCUCAGCCUCAAUGGCUGUCAUCUGUCAGAGAGAUGCUGUGAAGCUCUGGCCUCAGUUCUCAGCUCCAACUCCUCUAGUCUGAAAAAGCUGGACCUGAGUACCAAUGAUCUGAAGGAUUCUGGAGUGAAGCUGCUCUCUGCUGGACUGGGGAGUCCACACUGUACACUGGAAACUCUCAGCCUCAAUGGCUGUGAUUUGUCAGAGAGAUGCUGUGAAGCUCUGGCCUCAGUUCUCAGCUCCAAGUCCUCUAGUCUGAAAAAGCUGGACCUGAGUACCAAUGAUCUGCAGGAUUCAGGAGUGAAGCUGCUCUCUGCUGGACUGGGGAGUCCACACUGUACACUGGAAACUCUCAGCUUGUCUGGCUGCCUGGUCACACAGGAAGGCUGUUCUUCUCUGGCCUCAGCUCUGAGCUCCAACCCCUCCCAUCUGAGAGAGCUGGACUUGAGUUACAAUCACCCAGGGGACUCUGGAGCUGCGCUGCUCUCUGCUGGACUGGAGGAUCCACGCUGGAGACUGGACACUCUCAGUGUGGAGCACGGUGGAGUGUGGAGGCUGAAACCAGCUCUAAAGAAGUAUGCCUGUGACCUCACACUGGACCCCAACACGGCCCACAGACGACUCUCUCUGUCUGAGGACAACAGGAAGGUGACGCUGGUUAGAGAGGACCAGUCGUAUCCGGAUCACCCAGACAGAUUUGACUACUGGGAGCAGGUGUUGGGUAGAGAGGCUCUGACUGGCCGCUGUUACUGGGAGGUAGAGAGGAGAGGACUGGUUGUUAUAGGAGUGACAUACAGAGGAAUCACAAGGAGAGGAGGGGGUCCAGACAGCAGUCUUGGAUGGAACAACAAGUCCUGGAGUCUUCAUUGUUCUGAUGGUGGUUACUCUGCCCAGUACAACGGUACAGAGACAGUCCUCCCUCUCCACCCCGCUGGCUCCACCAGAGUAGGAGUGUAUCUGGACCGGCCUGCUGGCUCUCUGUCCUUCUACAGAGUGUCCCCAGGUGGAGGAGGGUCCUCAGACACACUGACACACCUCCACACCUUCUGUUCCUCCUUCACCCAGGAGGACCUCCUCCCGGGGGUCUGGGUAGGGAUGGGGUGGGGGUCCUCAGCCUCUCUGUGUCGGUUGUAGAAAAAAAAAAAGGGACCUCCUGACUGAGCAUGGCCCCCACACACACACACACACACACACACACACACACACACACACACACACACACACACACACACACACACAUGCACACAUGAACACUCACACACACACACAC